GCUUGGAUGCUUGGCUGGUUCAUGUGCAAGACAGUGUCGUACCUUCAAGGCGUAGCAGUCAGUGCCUCCAUCAACACGCUGGUAGCGAUAUCCAUGGACAGGUGCCUGGCGAUCUGCUAUCCGCUCAAGUGCCAGUUGUCGACGCGCAGCGUGCGCAAGAUACUGCUGGUCAUCUGGACGUUCUCGGUGGCCAUCACGUUUCCCUGGGCUCUUUACUUCACGCUGCAACCCAUCCACCCGAGCAUACCGGGCGUCACCCUCUGCGUCGAGCAGUGGCCGGACGAGCGCUCCUCGACGCUGUACUUCAUCCUCGCGCACCUCGUGCUCUGUUACAUCUUCCCACUGCUGCUCAUCGUCGUCUGCUACGGCUGCAUUUGGGUCAAGGUUUGGCGACGCAGCAUUCCGGGCGAGACCAAGCAGACGGACCUGAUGAUACAGAAGUCCAAGCUCAAGGUGGUCAAAAUGAUGCUCGUGGUGGUGGUGAUCUUCGUGCUCUCCUGGCUGCCGCUCUACAUCAUCUUCACGAGGCUCAAGCUGGGAAGCGCCCCCGAAGAAGGCAGCGUCGACUGGAACCUCAUGCUCAUCUUGACGCCCGUCGCGCAGUGGCUGGGCGCCUCAAACAGCUGCAUCAACCCGGUGCUAUACGCGUACUUCAACCGCAAGUUCCGCCGCGGGUUCGUGGCCAUCAUCAAAAGCCGUAGCUGCUGCGGUACCCUGCGCGAGCCAAGCUCGAUGCGGGGAACCACUAUCCGCUCGGCCGCUGGAGGGGGUGGAGCUGCCACCCACAGGGGACUCUCCAGGUCUGAGAUUCCGGAGUGCGUAGUGCACCCUCGAGCCAGCGCGAAAAAAGAUACGUUGCUAACCAACGGCCGGACGGAUGCCGAAGAAAAGCACGCGAAGGCGUCCCUGGUAGCCUAACCCAUUCCGUGCCCUAGAGCCCUCGCACCCCACCCACACACCCCCACCGCCGCCGCCAACACCGCCGCUCUCCUCCCGCUGUGCUUCCGCCGCACGGCCUGUUGCGCCUGCCAGUGUACAAAAGUGUACAGAAGUGCAUCGGUGGAACCUUGUCUCACCGGAGUGCGGUGGUUCUCGAGACCGCUAUGGCAGCGGUCAGCGCGCCGCUGACAGCAGCGAGCCCCUGAGCGAGUCUCAGGGACUCUGCCCAUCUCUGUAUGCCUUCUCCUCCUCCGAAUUUGUGCAAUUGCCUGUUUCUUUUCUUUUUCUUUUCUCCUAUUGUAAAUAUUUAAACCAUUUUUAUGCUACAAUUCACCCUCGCAAGCGGGAUUCGCGCUCGUUUACGUUACGCAAUGAGUUCUCGUCGGUGUAUACGACCGACAGGAAUUCGCGUGACUCUCCUGGGAGGCCCUAAUCCAAGCAGCGUUUGCGGAACAAGAACCAUUCGUAAGAUGGGGUGGAAUCCAUUCCUGCCGCCGGACGAAAUAAUAACGGAAGCGCGGUCGGUGGCAAAUUGAUCUUAUGGGAAAGAAAAAAAAAAAAAAAGAGCGGCGCGAAUUCCGGUACUUAAUUUUGUGAAACUCAGUGCCCCUUCGAAAGCACUGACUAAAAGAAAGAAAGAAGGAAGCCACGAAACGGCUAGCUCGGUAUCUCACAAAAUACGCUUCCGGAGCGAGCUGAUCUCUUCGUUUCUGGAACUAUAGGGUACGAAGCAUUUAGGGUCGCUAAUGAUGCUUCCUCUUCGGUGAUACCUUCUCGACUGCAUGAAGAAAUCGACGCACGAAACUGUUUACAACAAUGUUAAAGCAAAGAAGAAAGAAACACUCGCACCGAUUUCAUUCCGCAGCUGCCCUCUCUAUUUGCUCCCGACUGUUUAGUGACACGCGAAGAAAAAAAGAAAAAAA